AUGGACCCUCUGACUGAAGGAACACAGUUCCCACCACCAUCGCCAACGAUAAGCGAGACGUCCCUGAUCUUCGAGAGGGAUGUGCAGGAACAGUACACCUUCUCAAAUGCCAGCGGAAAUACUACAUCCACCACGGUAUCCUCCGUCACAGUACCUCUUUUUAAGGAACGGAGUAAUUCUAGUGUCUAUAUGAAGAAGCAACACACUCGUGGAUCGUUCCCACAACCAGUCAUGAUAAACAAUAGUAGGAACAGGAAGACUUCCAGAUCUAACUCUUCUAGUUCGUCACAAUCACAGUUGUUUCGCAGUCGUUCCAUAGAUCCAUCAUCACCUUUAUCUCCCUCGGAUUUCAUUCUCUCUCCAUCACCAGCCUCACAACGGUAUCAUCACCAUAGACAUCAUACUUUGGAAAACUUCGUUGCCCCUGCUCUUGAUGCAAGUUGCUCCAUUAUCACGGACGAGAAUACAGGGAUAAAUGAUGUAGACUUGGUCUAUUCUAGAAGACCUUCCACAUUAGGAUUGAAUCUAGCAUUGGGAGGCUCAAAAAGCUACUCUACUUCGUCCAUAUCUUUAUCUGAAGCCAACUCUUCCUCAUCUGGAUCUGGAUCUGGCUCAAACUCUUCUCAGAAAACGAUCACAGAUGAAACCGACAUGAAUUUUGAACCAAUUUCAGAUUCAGAUUCUAGGUCUAACGCAAAUUUGAAUGUUACGACAGAUUCACAUUCACGAGUGCUUAGAUUUUACUCAUACGCCGAUUUACUGUCUCAUGAAAAGACAGCAUUGCCAACUUCAAAUUCUAUCCCAAACGUUCAUAGACCUUCAUCUGCCGCAUCCACAUCGUCACUCCCAAGAUCAUCCAUUAUUCCAGCUUCUCCAUCACAAUCACAAAACAAUACUACAUUCUUGGAUCCAUUUAACAGAAAAAAUCUUCCCUCGUCGGCCACUUCAGAUUCUUUACUUUCACCUCAACAUAUUCAUUACAGAAAAUAUUCUAAUUCAAUUCUUUCCAAAUCACCUCAUUCAAGAAUAUCAAGUAUUGGUAACAAGAAUAAGAGAAACUUAAGUACAGAUAGUUCCCAUUCUCAAGAAUCAAAGCAAAAGCCAAAAUCAAAAGCAAAUACAAAUUUCCAUAUAGAGUCCAGUGGUAGUGAUGAUUAUUCUUCGGAUGAGGAGGAUGAAAUUGAAGAGCCCACAGCAUCAAUUCCAUAUCAAUCCUACCAACAUCAUAAUCUCUUGAGAGAACCUAACCAUCUAAGGAUAACAACAUCACCUUCUCCAUUAUUGAAAGCAAGAUCGUAUUCCAAUACAGGAAACAUUGGAACUAAUUCUCCUUUAUUGUCAUGCUUUAAUAGCAGUAGCAAUCACACUAUAAGUAGUCCAAUGAUGGUAACAUCUCCUGUUUCGACGACAACCCCAAUAUCUGUUUCACCAUCUCCAUUUUUCUCAAAUAAGAGAAGGACGUAUUCUAAUUCAAAUGUUCUUUUUAAUGAUGAUAUCCCUUCAUCACCUCUGCAAAAGGGUAAGUUAUCUGUUUUAUUAAGAAAUAAAAUUAAGACAAAUAGCAAAGCAAACACACACUCCACUGAUAAUACUAAUGUGACCUCUAACUCUUCCAAAAAAUGA